AUGUCUUCUCCUGCCAGUCUACCAAUCGAGCUCCGUAUUCAUCCAACAAGAUGGAAAUCGGGCCCGGAGUCUGAGCGGUAUCCUCUUUCUCUCAUGGGCCAUAUCAUGCCCAAGGUCUACGUACUGGUCACCGAAGUGUUUGCCCUGCCGAACCUUACAGACAAUAAUGUAACUGUUCAAAACAUGACCGCCGGCUUAGAGUUUGCUAUUUCACAGUUCCCCAUCCUUGCUGGUGUCUUAGAAAUGGACACUGCUACUGGGCGGAUGUGGGUGGCUAGGCAACGGGAUUCGACGGUCAGCCUACACGUCAAGUACAUGCUGCGUGAAGGCGAGUUUCCGAGCUAUAAAGAGCUGGCAGAAAAAGAGUUUCCUGCGAGCUCUCUAGCAGGUAGUCAACUUCUUCCGGAUUUUGUCACAGCAAAACAGCUUCACUCACCUCUUGGCAACAACAAUGAAAAAGGAAUUGCUGUUGCAGCCUUCAAACUUAACUUCAUUCGAGGUGGCCUUAUCAUUGGCUUGGCAAUCCAUCACCCCGUAUCCGACGGUCCAGGAUGUGAUGGGUUCCUAACCACCUGGGCAGAGAACAGUUCUGCUGCGGCAAAGGGAGCCCCAUUCAUCCCUGCAAAACAGCAUUUCAGCGUACACGGAACUCCAUUGGAUGUCGAAAGCCCAACACGUGUUCGGAUGGAGGAACUCGAAAAAACUCUUGCUGUAGUACGGGAUGCGGGUGGCCCAAUGACACCACCACCAGCCGGCUUCAAAAUGCCAUCCUUGAUGGCACAGAUGUGGCACUUUUCCAAAAGCAAGAUUGAUUUGCUCAAGACCAAAGCAUCUAGCGAAGGUGUUAACAACUGGAUCUCCACCUAUGAUGCAAUUAUUGCUGUACUCUGGAGCAGUGUGACGCGCUCGAAGCUGGAGAUGCUCAACCCCGACUUGGAGUCCAAGGCUACUCUGGUCCACGCCGUCGACACGAGAAAAGUAUGGAACCCGCCCCUGCCUGAGCGUUUCUUGGGCGUCGGCGCUGCUGCGGCACGCUGCGAGCCGUUGACUGUCAAUGACAUCAUCACAGGGAAUCUGUCCAGGCUCGCGACCGAGGUGCGAGCAUCAAUUAAAGCCAUGACUCCAGAGUACCUUACGAGCCUCCUUGAGUGGGUUGCCGGACACGAGGACAAGCGGUGGCUUGAGAUCAGUAUUAACUCGUUUCUGGGUAUGGAUUUUGGUGCGUCCAGCUGGCAAGGCAUGACAGCGUAUGAGACGCAUGAUUUCGGCUUUGGACUGCCCAAAGCGCUCAGGUGGCCGAGUCCAGCUUUUGAAGGUUUUGUUUUACUGUAUCCCAGCCGAGCGAAGGUGAAUGAUGCGACAGACGACGAAGGCGUCGAAGUGUGUGUUUGCUUGGAGGAGAGUUGUCAGAGGAGGUUGAUGAACGAUCAAGUACUCUUGGAAUACGCCCAGCCCAGGGGGUUGUAG